AUGGGGAAUCCACCACAAUUUGUAAAUCAAGGCCGGAAUUCCCGUCGGAAAGCUCUGUGUUACCGGGCAGGGUACGAGUCGAGAGCCUGCAGCGACUCCGAAGACUCUUGGGAAUUGGAUUCCUCUGCAGAGCGCUUUUUGGACCCCCCCUGGCUGAACCCCGGCAGCAUCCAACCUCUGUGUGAGGAGGAGGCGGAGCAGGAGGAGCUGCCUGAGCUGGAGCCAGAGAGCAGAAACCCCAGAGGCAGGAGUGACGUGACGGACAGUGCGUCCGAAGCCUCUGACUCGGCCAACACCGAGAGCAGAGGUUGCAAGACCAGUGGCUCGAGUGACUCGAUGGACGCUCUGGAGGAGGACGACUUAGAGGCCUGCUCCUCCAGCAGGCCACAGUUCCUCCAGUUUUUCACACCCACUAUUCAAGAACUCAACUGCCAAGACAAGAGCAUCUUCGCUCUGGCCAACAAGGAGGAGAGCGGUGGGGCAGAGUCUGAAGAUUUCCUUUGUUUCUUGCAGUUAUCCCAAGGAAGCCACCCUGUGCCUGAGCAGACAAGCCCCGAGCAAAGAGGGGAGAAUGAGGCGGAUGCUUCGGCUCUCAAGACCAAGCUGUCGGAAGAGAACGUGAUGGAGUAUUACAGUCUCUGCUCCAGUAUAUCCCCAGGCAGCAACGGAGAGAGAAGCGUCCUCAAUCAUAGCCCAGGGAACGGCUCUGUGAAGGACCUGCUGGCUGAGUCAGGCCAGCAGGAGGGAUUCUGCAAGGUAGAUCCAACAGCAAAGGAGACUGACCUCAUCCUGCACCCGCCUCCGGGCUUCGGGGACACCAGCUCCGAGGAUGAAUUCUACGAUGCCGCGGACCGGCUGACCCCGACAGACACCCUGGCAGGCUUUAAGGCACUGACCCGUGAGGGGAAGGGCGAUUCCUGCUUCCUGAAGAAGUCAAGGUGCUGCAACCUGGGGGAAAGCUGCAUGUCGAGACAAGCUACCAGGGAGAAGCACAGAAAGGAGAAGGAUCUGAAGCAUGCCAAGAGCCUGAGAAAGAGGAGAUCUUUCCUACAGACGGAUUACACGUCGCAGGUUACCUUCCCGGUGGCUCCAUCCCCCGCCCUGGAGAGCGCUGAUCCUGCGUGCUGCUCUGAACGGGAGUCCCAGCUGCCCUCCAUCUCUCUCACUCGCAUGACAUCCUCCUUGGACGACUCCACCGGGGAACCCCCGCUGCUGGAAGCCAGGACCUUUGCCCAGCUAGAGCCUCGGAGCCAAGCCAAGAGUAAAAACCCUUCAUCUGCCUUCAUGGAAAUGGAGCCUGACGCCACGGAAACCAACUCAGUAACCGCCUCGGUCAUCCCUUCCGUUUCAGCCAGUCAGCUCCAGGGUGACCAGGAAGGGAAAGAAACUUCGGACCUAACCCCGUUGCCCAGCUGCGCGGAGAACAGCCUGGGGCCUCUUGGUUCUGCAUGCGCGCGUGACAGUGGCUGCGUCAGUCCUGAAUUAUCCUUCCAUUUGGGAGGCAUCAGAAACCCAGAACAAGCAGGAGGCGCCUGGGACAGCCCCGGUGGCUGUGGUCGCCCAUUUUCUGAAACCGAGGAUGGAUGUAUAACCCGCACGGUGCCGCAAGAGCAGCCGAUGCCACAGAGUGCCGCGGAGGCUCUGGAAGCCCACCGUGAACUCGAGACGUCUGCACAUCCGGGCGAAGGAGGGAUACCUGCUAGUGUGGAGCCAGUUCUUUCUCCAUUGGGGUGCUACAGAGGCAAGCCAUCGCCCCAGGCUGCAGCUUCAGACCUGGGUUCUCUAUCCACGGCCGAUAAAGGAGAAGCAUGUGAACAGCUGGUGCCAUCAUCUCCCUUUGCAAGGGGAACAGCUGGUCCCACUAGCUGUGCAGUGAAGCCAGAGGCUGAAAUGGUAUCUGGAGAGAAAACCAACACGAACCUAAAUGAAGAACCCUUAAAAAGAGUGGAAGAUAAAAUCCAUUUGGGUUUCUCUAAUGCCACGGAGCUGCUGUCAGACUUUAACGGAGCCUCGGGAAUAAUCACUCGCCUCUCCUGGCUUUCGUUUGGAACCAGGACAGACCUAUGCCCCCCUGCCGGCAGGGCACUGCUUGAAGAUACCGACCAAGCGGUUGACCAAAGUCCCUGGACAGCAGAGCAUUGCGACUCCGGUGCCCUAAGGAAGGAAACGCGUUUUUCCUCAGCUUCUCCGAAAGCGCCUCCUCCUCCGGAGCUGCUUAGUGGCCAGCGCACAGAGGAGAGAGAACCCAGAGAAGAUGCAGUGUGUGUGGAUGGUCGCCACGAGCAGCGCCAGCCCACUCUGACUCCCCUUCUCACGGAGGAGACCGCAGAGCAAAGAGAGGGCUGCCACUUCAACACAUCACCGGGGCUACGUUCUCCUUCCCCCAAAGACACGGGUGGCGCCUCAGCACACAGAGAAGGAAACUUUGGUGCAGAUCGAUCGCUGCUUUGUGUGGCCCAUGAAAAAGAUGCCCCGGUGUCUACGAGCUGCAGCACAACUCGUCCUUUGGGCUUGACCAGUGUUAAGGGGACCCUCUUCCCCAAAGCUGGCACGGACAAGUGCAGCUGUCACUUGUCUUAUGCCAGCUGCUUCCGGGGGCUAGACAACGACCUCGAGUAUGAGUAUGUUGAUUCUGCACACAGCACUUCCUCCAGGCCUUUAACAACCCCACCGGCUGCUGGGAGCUUGUCGUUUCUAGACCAGCCCCCUCCCAGGACCACGGACGAGAGUGUGAGUGAAAACGGCCCAGGGCCAGAAUCUCACCCGGAAGUGCUGGCUCAGUUGCAAGAGAGAGCAGGGAAGUCAUCGGCUGACUUCUCUCCGUUCCUGGCAAAUGUGGCAGAGCUCCAGGCCGUUGUGAGGCAGUUCUCAGGAAACCGAACGAAACACCCUCGAGACACGUGCGCAGAACAUUACUCUGAACACAAGCACGUGCUCUGCGCGGAGUCCCGCAAGCUGAUGGCCAGCUGCCAGAAGGUCCUACAACCAGACAGGCCUUCUGAAGAGCUGCCCAGUGCAUUGCAGGAGACCUUCCAGGACCUCAUGCGACUGACGGCGCUGUGUUUCCAGUUCACAGCCUGUGGACUGUGCGGGAGACGCCACAAGGAGCUCACCGUCAAUCUGAAGGACGUGGUUUGCACCUACCAUCAGUUUGUCCGCGCUGCUCUCCAGACCGGGGGGAAGGACUGUCGCGAUUUCAGUGCCACGCUGCUAGCACGGCAGGGCACGGCCCUCACGGCAGCAGUGUUCUGUCUAACCCAGCAGUUCAGGGCAGCGCCGGCGGUGUGAAGACAGCAGCUCCGUGAGACAGACUCUUAAACUCGUGUACCGCUGACAGGAAAGUACCCAACAAACGUU